AUGGAGGCAUGGGUCAUCGUCCUCGUCUCUCUCUUUCUCUGCCUUUUCUUGAAGCCAUUUCUCACUCUUCUCUUUCCCUCACUACUGUUCAAUAAAUCUCAUCGUCUUCCUCCGGGUCCUCUUCCAAUUCUCGGAACUCUGCUAUUUCUUUCCGUAUCUUUGAAGAAACUCGAGCCUCUUGUUCUUCGUCUUCAUGCCAAGUACGGCCCCAUCAUUACCUUCCCCGUCGGCUUCUUUCCUGCUAUUUUCAUAGCCGACGGAUCCCUCGCCUACCAAGCCCUUGUUCAAAACGGCGCAGUCUUCAGUGACCGUCCCGAUGCCCUGGCCACUGGCAAGAUCAUCAACGCUCACCAACACAACAUCACCUCCUCCCGCUACGGCCCAACCUGGCGUGCCCUCCGCCUUAACCUCACCUCCGAGAUCCUCCACCCGGCCCGGAUCAAAUCCUUCUGCAGCACUCGGAGGUGGGUGGCCGACAUGCUCGUUCAAAACCUUAGGGCUCAUCAUGAUUCCUCCGAUCGCAUCAAACUCAGGGACCAUAUUCAUCACGCGAUCUUCAGCUUGUUAGCUUUCAUGUGUUUCGGUGAGAAGCUAUCCGACAAGCAAAUCGACGAGAUCGAACAUGUUCAGCGUACUAUUCUUUCGAGGUACAACAGAUUCGUCAUGCUGAAUUUCUGGCCAAGAAUGUCCAAGAUACUGCUGCGAAGGCGAUGGGAUGAGUUCAUGCAACUACGGAAGAACCAGGCCGACGUGAUGGUUCCUCUGAUCAGAGCGAGAAAGAGAGUCAAGGAAGAGAGACUGAGCAAAGCCAAAGAGGUUCAUAAAGGCGAAGUCGUAUACGUGGAUACUCUGCUGGAUUUAGAGUGGCCUGAGGAGAAGCGAAAGCUUGAAGAAGACGAAAUCGUCAAUUUGAUUUCGGAGUUUCUGACUGCUGGAACAGACACCACAGCCACAUCACUGGAAUGGAUCAUGGCCAACUUGGUGAAGUACCCGCAGCUCCAACAGCGCCUCUACGACGAAAUCAAAUCUGUGAUGGGAGACUCAAAGGAAAGGAUGUUCUGA